AUGCUAGUUCAAUACAAAGCAAAACUUGGACGAAAUAUCUGUAUUUAUCAACUUGGUUCAACAUAUUUUGUUUUAUUUCCAAUGAUUAUUGGAGCUCUACCGAUUUUUGUUCCCAGUGAUAAUAGUACUUUCAACGAAAGUGAACCAGUAUUGAGAUCUUUUCCAAUACAAACUCCCUACAUGUUUUCAAACAUUUCCGAUUGGUGUUAUAUUUUAGUUUUUAUUCUCCAAAUAUUUCAAUUAUUCUCAACUGUUACUGGAAAUGUUGGUGUUGAUUGUUGCUUUUUUGAUGAAGGAAUAAUAUUGAACAAUUUCUCUUCAAUUGUUCAACAACAUAAUCGAUUAAUUAAACUCGCUGAAUAUCUUGAAGAAAUAUUUAAUUUUAUCAUUUUUUGUAUUGUUGGAUCUAAUGUGGCACAAAUAUGUUUUUAUGGAAUUCAAUUAUUAAGAAGUCUACGUCAUGGGAAUUCGGUGAUAGCAAUUAAUUCCACCCUUUGCAUAGUCAUUUUGAGCUUUCAAAUCUUUUUAUACAGUUGGGCAGGAGAUCAACUUUCAUCAGCCUUCGAAAGCUUUAAAUUUAGUUCAUUUAACUGUGGAUGGGAUGAAAUGCCUUUAAAAUUUAAGAAAAAUUUGGUAUUUAUCAUGAUGCGCACUCAUAGACAAUUUAAUCUUACAGCAGGAAGUGUUUAUCGAAUGGAUCUAGAUAAUUUUAAAAAUAUUAUGAAAGCUAUUGGCUCAUAUUUUUCUGUUAUGCGAACAAUGUUUGAAUCCUAA